AUGAAUCAACCUCGUCGGUCCAAGCCCCCAUCCGCUAAUUUAAUCACCCCGAUUGGUCCAUCGGAUGGUAAAAACAGGAAAGUGGUACGCCGUAGAGCUUCUAAAACUGCUGCAAUCUCAAUCACGAGUCUAAAUUCUGAUAUUUCUUAUGCGGACAUCCUCAAGACCGCCAGGGAUAGGAUAUCUCUGGACAAUAUGGGUAUCGAAGACUCUCGGAUCAGACGUGGCCUCAAUGGGGGUGUUAUAAUCGAGAUCCCCGGCUCAGAUGGAGCCUCGAAAGCGGACCUACUUGCCCGGAAACUUAGAGAAGUCUUGAAUACGAAAGCCAGAAUAGCAAGACCCACGGUAAUGGGGGAAUUUCGUUUGUGGAAUUUUGACGAUUCCAUCUCCCUUACUGAGAUUACCAACAUAAUAUCUGUCCGCGGAGAUUGCGACGAACAAGACAUAAAAUUAGGCACCAUUCGUUGUAUGAAUAACGGCCUUUGUUCCAUCUGGGCCAAAUGCCCAUUGACCGCGGCGAUCAAGCUGACCGCAACGGACAGAAUCAAGAUUGGGUGGACCGUGGCACGGGUCGAGCUUCUCAAGGCUCGUCCCAUCCAGUGCUUUAAGUGCUGGCGCUUCGGCCAUGUUAAGAAUACGUGUGAAUUUCCUGAAGACAGGGCUGGUAGCUGCUUCAAAUGUGGUUCGCGUCAACAUAGAAUUAGCACUUGUGAUGAGCCUGCAUGUUGUGUCGUCUGUAAAAACGCAGGUGGACUACACGAUCAUCGUCUGAGCUCCACCAAAAAUUGCUUUAUUAAGGACGUACCACCAAGAAGAAUUGGUGCAGAUAGAAUGAACAAGUGA